GGGCCCUCUGGCCUCCCAGGGCUGAAGGGAGAUGCUGGUCUCAAGGGGGAAAAGGGCCACAUCGGAUUAAUUGGUCUCGUUGGCCCCCCUGGGGAGGCUGGUGAGAAAGGGGACUGGGGUUUGCCAGGAGUGCAAGGCCCCCCUGGCCUCCAGGGAGAACCUGGUUCCCCUGGUCCCAUCGGCUCUCUGGGCCACCCUGGACCCCGAGGUGUGGUGGUGAGUAUGAGGGAUUUGUGGGGUGGGGUCACCUUGUCGGGCCAGCCAGGACUCCGGCUCUCCCUGUCUCUACCCCACAGGGUCCUCCAGGACAGAAAGGCUCAAAGGGGUCCCUGGUGAGUACUCGCUGUUCCCUUGGGCUCCCACAUCCCAGCUUCCCAGGCCCCUUCACUGCGCCAGAACCCUCAGGGCCUUUGCAUUCAUUCAUUUAUUUAUU